GAAUGGAUGGAUGGAUGGAUUCCGAGAUCAUUUUUUUUCCACUCAUUGAAUUGUUUUGGGGGGAUUCCAAUUGGCAGGGAUUGAAAAAGAAACAAUAGACGGGGUAAAAUGAAUAUUUUACCCCGUCUAAUCAACCAUACAGACCAGUUGUCAAAGGUGCCCAUCUUCCUGAGUCCUCUUUUAUAUUUUGUGUGAUAGCAUUAUAUUUUAAGUUAUAAACUUCUGUCAAAUCCUUUGGUAUGGUGUGAUGGACCGAGCAGCGAAGGAAACUUAGGCACAGGUUAAAGUUAAAAAAGGUUAAAAAAGGAUUUUUUGUUUUGUUUUUUUUUUACCCAAAAACAUAGUUUGUUAAAUCAUACAUAAAAUCAAAAUCUUGGGCCCAUAAAAGAGGUCAAAAUAACAGAACUCUACUCAAAGUGAAAAACAAACAAACAAUACUGAUAACUCAGACAAACUGACCUAACUAAACGAGACAAAGGGGAAACUUAAAUAGUGGCUGAUCAGCCCACAAAAAACACAAAAAGGGGUAAAACACACAAAACCUAACUGAAACUAACAUAAUGAUCUCCAAUUCCCCCCCAUGGUCCCGAGUUAUGGAAUGAGCCAAUUUGCAGUUUUCCAUCAAGGCUCGCUCCGCCCCUUUUCCACCUCUUGGCUCCUCAAUCAAGGGACUGGAGCAGCUGCAACUAAGAACACAGUAUGGCAUCUGGAUCUUCUAACGGAGUCCUGCGACCCCUUCUCCUCGGUAUACUUGUACUGGGAGUCUUCGUGACUGUGUUUCUGAUGUAUUUUAAACCUGAUAAAAGCUGGUUCUGUCCUGUAGAGUCAGUGUCAGAACAUGUGAAGAACCUCAUCUCCACCAAGAGUGAUAAGAAUGCCACCAUUGUGCUGAUCUGGCUCUGGUCCUUAGGCAGUAAGUUUGACUUCAGCGUCUGCAGCUCUCUCUUUGAAAUUGAUAAUUGCUUCAUCACAGCAGACAGGAACCUCUACAGUAAGUCACAUGGGGUCAUCAUCAAUCACAGAGACAUCAGUGGUGACCUGUCCAAUCUGCCGCAGUUGCAGCGGCCAUCUUUCCAGAAGUGGAUAUGGAUGAACUUUGAGUCACCAACACAUUCAUCCAAGCUGUCUGGGAUACAGAAGCUGUUCAAUCUGACUCUCAACUACCGUCAGGAUGCAAACAUUGGAGUGCCUUCUGGGACUAUCGUACCAGCAGAGGGCGAGGAGAAUUUUGUACCGCCCAGUAAAAACAAGCUGGUCUGCUGGAUAGUGAGCAACUGGAACCCACAGCACGACCGUGUGAAAUAUUUCAAUGAGCUGCAGAAACAUGUUAAGGUCCAUGCAUAUGGACGAGCAUUUGAAAAGUACAUUUCUGACAAUGACCUCAUUCCCACCAUCACCAGCUGCAAGUUCUAUCUGUCCUUUGAGAACUCCGUACACAAGGAUUACAUUACUGAGAAACUAUUCAACCCACUCUCAGUAGGAACAGUGCCAGUGGUUCUGGGCCCGACCAGGCAGAACUAUGAGAACUUUAUCCAGGGAGACGCCUUCAUUCAUGUCGAUGACUUCAGCUCACCCAAGGACCUGGCUGAUUACCUGCUGCUUCUGGACAAGAAUGAGGAAAUGUACCUCAGGUACUUUGAGUGGAGGCGACAUUUUAAAGCAAGGAAGGUCCAAUUUCCGGUAGAACAUGCAUGCUUAACUUGUGAUUAUUUGCGUAGGCACAAAGAAUACAAGGAAUUCAAUGACCUUGAUAAGUGGUUCUGGGGCAGCUAGAGAUUUGAAGGGUUAGGAAUAAAAUGAUUAAGUAAAUCUGUUUUUGUGAGGUUUUUGGUUUUUUUGACCAAGUCUUCCAAGUCCUCCCAUGCCACACCUCUGCUGAUCCAGCUGCACUGGCUCCGCAUAUAAUUCAGAGUGCAGUUUAAGAUUAUGAUUUUGACAUUUAGGGCUCUGCAUGGACAAGCGCCAACAUACAUCAGUGAUCUUUUACAUCCUUACAUCCCCAGCAGGUCCCUGAGGUCAUGUGAUCAGGGCUUGCUUGCUGUCCAUAACACGAGGCUGAAAACAAAAGGUGGCAGAGCUUUAGUAACUGUGGCCCCCAGACUGUGGAAGUCUCUUCCAUUGA